AUGUACGGAUUCUACAUUCGAAACAACUCACUGCUAACCGAUAUUUCUACUCUCUACAAAUUCUAUCUAUGGGGAGACGAAAAUUAUAAAGAGUGCGAUUUUCGUGUGGAGAAUAACGCGAAACUGGACGUACAAAAGUUAUACGAGGAUAAUGUUGGCCUUCAUUAUUUGGAAAUGAGAAGUUCCGGGAAUCUAAGAGAUUUUGGUUGUCGAGGCGAUGAAAUCACAUCUUCCAAUCUCCCAUUUUAUCAAAACUGCACAUUUUUCUUCGGUGGCCUCAAACUUCACAAUCUCACCGACCAAUUCGAUAUCUCUUAUCUCUCAAACGUCCGGACAAUUAUAGGAUCAAUCGAUAUUCAAAACACUUCUCUCAAAGAUUUAUCUUUCAUGAAAAACAUAGAAUUAGUGCAGAUCAAUAAUGUUGGAUUAGAGGAGCGGGUUGCUUUCAAUAUCCAGAAUAACGCCCGGAUGACUCGGUUUGCCCUAUUCAAUCUAGACAUUGCUCAUGUCUGGCCAGGCAGCACAAUUGCAAAUAUCGAGAAUCUUCACCCAGAUUUCUGUUUUACUAUUGAAGAGAUUCUCAAAAUUUCAUAUUUGAAGUUUGUCAACCUCCAUGCAAAGUUCUGUGAGGAAACCGGAAAUUUAGCAGGCUCGAUAUUAUGUCGCUUUGAUAAAUUAAGCAAUUUAGACGAUAAUUGCAACAAAAUACUGGGGGAUGUGUUAAUUGAAGGUGGUGAUGAGGAAUAUGUUUCAAAAUUAGGCGAUGUGUGGAAUAUAUUUGGUUCAGUGACUAUUCGGAAUACCAAGUUGAAGAAUUUCGACUUUUUUCAUUAUUUGAGUUAUAUCAUUUCGCUGGAUGAGGAUCAACCGUUGAUUGAAAUUAGUGGCAAUGGAGAACUGGAGAAAGCGUAUUUUCCUGCUAUUGUGACCACUGUAUCCCGCAGCCCAACCCCAAUUAUCAUUGAGAACAACCACCCAAAAAUGUUCAAUUCUUCCAAAUUUUAUCUCCUGUUUCCUCAAGUUCCAGCUAAAUCAAUAUAUCCGACAACUGAAUAUAAGACUCCGCCCAAGUGA